AUGGAGGGGUCUUCAUACUUAGUACACGGCGGAGAGCCCCUCUCUGUCAAGAAACAAAUGUUGCCGCUGCGGCAGGUUUCUGAACAGUCCGGGAUAGGGAUGGACCAGUGGGUCUGUUUCAAAUUCAUCUCAUGGGCACAAAUUUUUGCAAUGAGCCGAAAGACGGCAUUGUGUAUGUACAACAUAUCGGUUUUGGAAAUGUCCGUGAGCGCAGACAGUCGCUCAGCCCAGCCAAGAGACCCGCAGGCAGGGUAUAACCCGAUGCUGAGAUACUCCAAGCAAUGGAUGGUGGGUGUUGAAGAUUCGCGCAUAUUUAGUGAGGAAUCUUUGGAGCAUGGCUUCGUCCGUUCGCACGAGGUAAUUACAGCGAGAUUACCCAAUGCUCACCAGGAGAAGAGGCUGUUCUUCAAACGCGUUUGCGCAUGCACAUGCACGGAGCACACAUCUCUCAGUGGGAUUGAAGUUAUCAAUGAGAUUCAUGUCAAGAUGCCGCGCAACUGCCAUCGGACAUGUAGUAAAGUAACUUUCCAGGCUUCCCAAAUUGCUGGCGAAGCUCUUGCUGCUCUUGAAUUUCUUUUCCCUUCCAUCUUCACCCUGCCACAACAGUUCCGCAAAUAUGUGACAUCCACCUCCCGCAUAACCACCAUGGAAUCUACGCCAUCACAUGUGCAGUUUGAGAAUGACUCCAAAGCAAAGGCCUCUACCUGA